AUGAGGUCUGAGUCGCCAGCUCAAUCGGGCUCCCCCCUCUCAACCCUUUCAUCAGAUAUCUUCGUCUUGGAAGCAGACCAAACCACGAACAUGCCCCCUGCGAAGCGACAAAAGCUGGGCGACACUUCGGACUCGCUCACUCCUCCUAAACUACAUGAUGACGCCUCGAUCUCUUCUGAUAGUUCGGGAGAUAUACCACACUCACCUAGCCAUCAGAGAGGAGAAGAAGAUGAAAUUCACGAGCAAGUCACUAUUUGUCGCUGGGCAGGUUGCAACGCUGGAAAUAUGCUAAAUAUGGACAACCUCGUUAAUCAUAUUCACGAAGAUCAUGUCGAGACCAAAAGUAAGAAGUAUAUCUGUGAAUGGAAUGACUGUGGAAGGAAGAGUAUGCCACAUGCGAGUGCUUACGCCUUGAAGGCCCACAUGAGAAGUCACACAAAGGAGAAGCCAUUUUACUGCGAGUUACCUGAGUGUGACAGAUCCUUUACACGCUCUGAUGCGCUUCAGAAACAUUAUAGAACAGUCCAUGAGACAGAAGCCCUGAGGCCAUCAGAUCCAAUACCAAAAUCAAUGCAAGCAGCAAACAAACUUUCAAGACAAAAGUCGAAUUUUAAUGAUCCUCAACCAAAUCUAGAGGGACACCCCCCGGAUCUUGUUAACUAUGCUCAUGAUCUUUCAGAAUCCUGGUCAUCAUCCUACCCACCAGAGCUUGGUUUUACGCCAGAAGAAGAGGCACGAGGACCUAGAAACCUGUAUAGAUUAUUGCGAAGACAAGUUUAUUGGGCAGAAGCAGAAGCAGAUUCAUUAAAAAGAUCCUGUGAAGUCUUAGAGGAACUAAGGAAGAAGGAAUGGCUAGAUAAAGAGGUUUUGCUCGACCAAACAUUAAAAACGGAUCUCGACUGGCAAGAGAGGCGUAGAAUCGUGCUUGCCCAACACUCAGAUCUACAACUCGGAGGAGCUAAAGUCAUUCCAGAGCAGAAUAGAAGUAAAAUAUUUCCGCACGAUCAUUCAUCUCCAGUACCUAUGGCGUCGAUAAAGGGUCAACCGGAUGAGUGUGAAGCAGCAACGGUUCUGGCAUCUAUUCAAAAAUCAUGA